AUGUUCCUGAGCCCGGGCGAGGGGCCUGCUGAGGGUGGGCGGCCAGGGCCUGGUGAGGAGGCCCCCAAGAAGAAGCACCGGAGGAACCGCACGACCUUCACCACGUACCAGCUGCACCAGCUGGAGCGGGCGUUUGAGACCUCCCACUACCCGGACGUUUACAGCCGCGAGGAGCUGGCCGCCAAGGUGCACCUGCCCGAGGUGCGCGUGCAGGUGUGGUUCCAGAACCGCCGGGCUAAGUGGCGCCGCCAGGAGCGUCUGGAGUCAGGCUCCGGGGCCGUGGCAGCCCCGAGGCUCCCCGAGGCCCCAGCACUACCCUUUGCCCGCCCUCCCACCAUGCCACUGCCCCUGGAGCCCUGGCUGGGCCCUGGGCCCCCAGCCGUGCCGGGACUCCCACGCCUCCUGGGCCCGGGUCCGGGGCUGCAAGGGUCCUUCGGGCCCCACACCUUUGGUCCAGGCUUCAUGGACAGUUUCACCCUGGAGGAGGCGUCCUUGCGGCUGCUGGCCAAGGAGCACGUGCAGGCUCUGGACAGGGCCUGGCCAUCGGCCUGA